UACCUCCAAAACCUGAAGAGUUCCAAACCGGAUGUUAUGUUGUGGCAGCUGUCAAUGCCAGAUUGCACGCAAAAAUACGGUUUCAAUAUUUUAUGACAGGAAAGAUAUUCCAUUGGUGUUUACUUAUUGAUAAACUCGGAAUGGACACCGUCAGAUAGAAGGGUGUUUUGAUAUUGCAUACUAUGCUGAAACGACAACCAUUAGGAAUGUAUCAACCAAGUAUCAGAGUUUGCCAGGAAUGUGGUUGUUCCUGCACAGGUUGCAUGGAUCAGUCCAGUUUGGACCUGCAUCAGAAAAUUGUGGAGCUAGAGAGUGAAUUGCGUAGGAGUAAUGAACAUAUCUCCAAGAUUGGACGCGAGUUAAUGGACAAUAAACAAGUUGCUGAUUACGAGGUGCUCAAGUUACGAGAAGAACUUGGUAAAUUACGUGAUCGAUAUGACAGACUUUUUGAAAGUCACAAAAGGAUCCAGAAAGUCAAUCACAGUCUUGAAGAUAAAAUAUUGAAGAUAGUCAGUGGUUUUGAAGAAGAAAAGACUGAAUUACAACGAGAACUAGCUACCACCACUUCACGUCUUGUUGAUGCCAAGGCCACUGUCUGUGAAUUAGAGGAGGAAAAUGAACGUUUCAGAAAUGAUUGUAACAUAGCAGUUCAGUUGUUGCAGUGUAAACCAUCCGAGUUUGUUUCUCAGAAGCUAACUUCUUUGCCUAUUGAAUUACAAGAAAGAGUAAAGAAGCACAUGACCAGAGAAGAGGUCAUCCAACUCGAAGAUGCCCCAGUCUCAUCUGAACCCCCAAAACCCGUCCUCGUUCCCAUGGCAACAUUCCCUCCCACUGCCAUGGUCUACUCUAUGAACAAAGUGAUGAACAAGACUGAAAACCCCAACACACGGAAUGGGGCCAGUGACACAGUUCCCAUGGAUGUCAUUACAAGGGCGCUAUCCCACCCCGAUCCAGUGAAGCGGUCCAGAAGGACUUUCAUCUGUCUGCAAUGUCGGCGGGACGUGGGCUGCAACAAUAAAGAGACUCAGGUCAACAUGAGCCGUGAGACGUAUGGAAGCUCGGACAAUCUGAGUGAUCUGCGAGUUCACAGACAGUGUGCAAGGACUCAUUCAAAUUCAUCCGAGAGUGAAAUGUAUUGAGAAGGAAAAAAUGAGAUACUUUCAUGUUCUCAGAUUUUCCAACCCAAAUGGAAAUACUUAUUUCCAGUGCAAUAAAUAUUUGAAUUGCUUCUCCCGCUUUAGAAUUGAAGAAAUUGUUAUUUUUCACAAUUUUUAAAUGUAUAAAUUUAAAACACUAUUUCCCACAGAUGCAUUGUGAAUGGACAUUGAAAUACGUCUUCUAACCAGAACAGUAUUAUAAUAACCUUAUAAGAAAAUUUAUUCCCUUCCAGAACAAGAUAAAGUUGCUCCAUCACUGAGAUCUCAUUACUCAAACUUUAAGAUGUGGAUCUCAAUGCAAACAUCUUUUUUACUGGAUUGUCAUUUAUCAGUACAAUUCUAUUCAGUUGAAUUUAUUAACAUGUGUGUUCCAGGUAUCUCAAUUUCUUAGAUACAUAAUAUGCUGAAUUUCCAGCACUCAUGAUAUAUAUACAUUAUACAUGUAAUUGUUAGUAAUGGUCUAUGGCUGUUAUCUAUUAACAACAUUCCAUGAGAGAAUUUAAGCAAUGGACUUGAUGUCUGUUCAUUUGAAUGUGUUCGUUCAAAGAUCAAAAGAGCAAUGUAGAAAAAGUUUUGGCUUUGUUUAAUUCAUUCUCAGGGUGUAAAUUAACGAAUUUCCUUUCUGAUGAAACAUGCAUAAAUUUCAUGUACCGGGUACCUUAAACGAGUUCUUCAUAUAUAUAUUAAGGAAGUACCUAUGUUAAAGCAAUGGAAUAAUUUAACACACACACAGAUGGUUUAAUUAAUAAAAUCCUUUAAGAACAUUUCAAGUUACCGUACUUACAGGAAAAUUGGUGGUCUUUUUUUUAAGUUUCCUGAAUAUACAUGUAUAAAUAAGCUUUAUGAUUUUCUUAUCAUUUGGAAUGUGAUGGAAAUGUAUAGAAUUAUGAUAUUGUUCAUCACAUAAAUUAUGAAAGUGUUUCAUGUUGCCUUAUAUUCAAAUGCAUCAUAUUCAGUAGAUUUAAUUUGUAUGCCAAAAUGUCAACCUAAUACUCAUGGAGUACAGUAACUGUAUUCUUAUAUGUUGAAAUAUUUGUUAAGUUUAAUUAAUUCAUAGCCCUGUUGCUAAAUUGAUUGCUUUAUUUGAUGUAUGAAUGGUUCAAUUUCAAGUAGUGACCAUACCAAACUGUUUCUCUCACUAAGUGGACUUCAAUGUUACAAAUUGAAAGACACUGUCUUCAUAGCUUGCAUGAAAUACAAGAUAUUUGAUGCUGUCAAAAAAAAAAGGGCAUACUUGUGUAAUUUUGAUCAUAAAUGAUGAUUCCUUGAGUCAGUCAAUGGAGUAAGUAUGUUACAGUCAACUAGAACAUGUAGAAUUAAAAAAAUAUAUCAGUCUAGGCUUCAAUAUUAAUGUAUAGUUUUUAUUGUCCUGUGCAGAUUGAAUUCUGGGGUUGCAACUACCCUGCCAGAAUAAAAAGGGGCAUUGAAGAUUGGUCAUCAACAUACAUGUAGUAUGAUAUUUGAAAUGUCAUUUUUUUUUUUUGUUAACUGCAAAUCAAUUGGAUUAAAUUUUAAAUUGUGGAAUAGAUCUAAAUACUCAAUUGUUUGACUAUAGAUCUGACAGUACACUGGUACAUGUAGAUGUAUUGAAUUGUUACCUAUAAUGCAUAUACAUAUUACACAAGCAAGACUUCGAAAUUAAAAUGAAUUGCUACCAAAUAUAAUACAAUCCAAUUCAAACGAGAUCCAUUUAUUAUUUAUUAGAUCUGCUCAGUUGCUCGUAAAAUCUUAAUGCUUCCUUCAAAAUUGUCACAUACUGUUACCAUGGCUUAAUCAUUACACAUUAGGCACAAAUGAACCAUACAUAUAUAUAACAUAUUAUAUUGAUAAGUGUUGCAUAAAAUUCAAUUUUCAUUGAAUUUUAUAGAUAUGAUAUCUUUACAUGUCCACAAAAUUUGUGAAAGUAAGAAUUCUAUAAAAUCUAAUAAAAUCAAAAAAAUUUUCGACAAACAUUUUUUGAU